CGGAGGGGCCGCAGGAGGGGCGGCCUGGGCGCCGGGGCCCAAGCGGAGGGGCUGGGGCGGGGGCGCCGAGGGCCGCGGCCGGCUGCGCGCAGCUGUCCCGAGGCCGCGCUCCGGCCGCUCUGAGCGCGAGCGUCCCGGGGCUGCGGGAGGGGCUCCCGCCGCGGCCCCUCGCGCUCCGGGCUGCGCCUCGGCCGGGCCGGCCCGGUGCGGCCACCUCUGCUCCAGGCUCGGGCGCGCGGAUCGCGGGAGCUGGGAGACCGCCUGGCACGGCGACUCCGCGGGGGACCUUGUAGCCACUCUUGUCCCAAGGGGCUCUGGGCACCCCUCCCCGGGAGGGCAGCCGGGCGUCCCACCGUGUGCACCCUGAGGAGUCCCCGAAGUCGCCUUCCGCUCUCUUGAGGGUCUUGGUUUGAGUACAGACCACGUCCUGGAGCUCUGGAAGCCUUUUCACAUCCUACACCUGCUCGGGACUGGUAGGACAGGUGGCCCUCUUCACCAUGAUUCCCUGCAGAGCAGCGCUGUCUUUUGCCCGAUGUCUGAUCCGGAGAAAAAUCGUUACUCUGGACAGUCUGGAAGAUUCCAAAUUAUGCCGCUGCUUAUCUGUCAUGGACCUCAUUGCCCUGGGGGUUGGCAGUACCCUUGGUGCUGGCGUUUAUGUACUCGCUGGAGAGGUUGCCAAAGCGGAUUCUGGCCCCAGCAUCGUGGUUUCCUUCCUGAUCGCUGCCCUCGCCUCCGUGAUGGCAGGCCUUUGCUACGCUGAAUUUGGGGCCCGAGUUCCCAAGACUGGGUCUGCGUAUUUGUACACGUAUGUUACUGUUGGAGAGCUGUGGGCCUUCAUCACUGGCUGGAAUCUCAUUUUAUCCUAUGUGAUAGGUACGUCAAGUGUCGCCAGAGCGUGGAGUGGCACCUUUGAUGAACUUCUUAGCAAACAGAUUGGUCAAUUUUUCAGGACAUACUUCAAAAUGAAUUACUCCGGCCUUGCAGAGUAUCCUGACUUUUUUGCUGUAUGCCUUAUAUUACUUCUAUCAGGUCUUUUAUCUUUUGGAGUAAAAGAGUCUGCUUGGGUGAAUAAAAUCUUCACAGCUGUUAAUGUCCUGGUCCUUCUGUUCGUUAUGGUUGCUGGGUUUGUGAAAGGAAAUGUGGCAAACUGGAAGAUUAGUGAAGAGUUCCUUAAAAAUAUAUCAGCCAAUGCCAGAGAGCCGCCUUCUGAAAAUGGAACAAGUAUCUAUGGGGCUGGUGGCUUUAUGCCUUAUGGCUUUGCAGGCACUUUGGCUGGGGCUGCAACCUGCUUUUAUGCCUUUGUGGGAUUUGACUGCAUUGCAACAACUGGUGAAGAAGUCCGGAACCCUCAGAGAGCUAUUCCUAUUGGAAUUGUGACUUCUUUGCUUGUUUGCUUCCUGGCCUAUUUUGGGGUCUCUGCAGCUUUAACACUUAUGAUGCCGUACUACCUCCUGGAUGAGAAAAGCCCCCUUCCUGUAGCAUUUGAAUAUGUUGGAUGGGGUCCCGCCAAAUAUGUCGUUGCAGCGGGCUCCCUCUGUGCUUUGUCAGCAAGUCUUCUUGGAUCCAUUUUCCCAAUGCCUCGUGUAAUCUAUGCUAUGGCGGAGGAUGGGUUGCUUUUCAAAUGUCUAGCUCAAAUCAAUUCCAAAACGAAGACACCAAUAAUUGCUACUUUAUCAUCGGGUGCAGUGGCAGCUGUGAUGGCAUUUCUUUUUGACCUGAAGGCACUUGUGGACAUGAUGUCGAUCGGCACUCUUCUGGCCUACUCUCUGGUUGCAGCCUGUGUUCUCAUCCUCAGGUACCAGCCUGGCUUAUCUUACGAGCAGCCCAAAUAUUCCACUGAGAAAGAAGCUCUGAGACCAUGUGCUGGUGCUGCCUCGAAAAGCGAGCCCCACGUCACCAGGCUGCAAGGACGGCGCUUCAUCCUGCAAACUGUCUUCAGCCCCUCGGUUCUGCCUACACAACAGUCGGCUUCUCUCGUGAGCUUUCUGGUCGGAUUCCUUGCCUUUCUCAUUUUGGGCCUCAGUGUUUUGACCACUUAUGGUGUCCAGGCUAUUGCCAGGUUGGAAACAUGGAGCCUCGUUCUCCUUGUGCUGUUUCUUGUUCUCUGCAUCGCGAUCAUUUUCACCAUUUGGAGGCAGCCCCAGAAUCAGCACAAAGUAGCCUUUAUGGUUCCAUUCUUACCAUUUUUGCCGGCCUUCAGCAUCCUGGUGAACAUUUACUUGAUGGUCCAGCUGAGUGCAGACACUUGGAUCAGAUUUAGCAUUUGGAUGGCACUGGGUUUCCUGAUUUACUUUGCUUAUGGCAUUAGACACAGUCUGGAGGGUAACUCGAGGGAUGAAGAAGAGGAUGAGGAUACAUAUUCAGAUAACAUUAAUGCAGCAACAGAAGAAAAAUCUGCCAUUCAAGCAAAUGACCGUCACCAGAGAAACCUCAGUUUACCUUUCAUAUUCCAUGAAAAGACGAGCGAAUGCUAAUGCCUGAGGGAGCGGAGCUGGUCCAUAGUCUUAACAUACAUAUCCUACACGGAGUACACCAUGAUACGAUGUUGCCAUCAUGCUAGGUUGUCAUGGGUUUGCUGCAGACAUAGUUCACCCUAAUUUAUGCUUGCUUACCUGGACAGCACCUCGUCAGAUGGUGAAUUAUGUACUCGGGGCAACCUCCUGAACUCUCUCCUCAGUGAUGAAUAGCCCCAAAACAGUGGGCAUGUGUGUCUGUAUGUAUGUAGAUGUUGGGCAAUGUGAAUGUUCAAAGCUGUGGGUGUUGUACUGUUAUUGCCUUACAUUUCUGCAGUGUUGUCAUUAAUUGGUGGCAUGUACCGCACAUACUGAAAUGAGGUUAUCACUGAAUAGAAAAGGUGUUUUGUAUGUUCCCAGUGCGGUUGGGGAAAUAACUGUUGCUUUUUCUUAUGAGGCUUCAUUAAUGUCCACCUAGAACCUGCUACAAAUGCAGUUACCCAUCUUGGUGUCUGUCAUUGGUCAGGAGUAAGAGGAGGGGAUUAGAAAUGAGCCUUUUCUAUAACUUAUAAAUGCCAGCAGUGGGUUUAUUACUGAUUUUCCUUCUAUGAGGAUGACAGUUUGCUAAAACUUUAGCCAACAGGAGUGUUCGCAUCCGCCAUACUACACAGGGCAGGAGUGGCAUUCUGUGUCACAGAUGGCCUCCCUCUGAACUCCUGUCCUCUCUGAGAUCGCUGGUCCUUAAAUAUGAGGGCUUCACCUGCUGCGAAUGAUAUAGUCACUCAGUCCAAUCAGGGACUUGAAAGAGUAGUGGGGUCCACUUGGGACUCUUUAUGCUAGAAAGUGAAGGUGGUCCCCAUGGCCAGAAAGCUCACGUAAGUGGCAACGGUGAGGAUAUGUCUGAAGAUCAGAGUUAGACAUAUGCCUGGCUAAGUAGACCCCAAGCAUCCUUGUUUUAAAAGUCACUUAAAACAAGCCAAUAGAAUCUCCUGGAUCACACCAUUGAUAGAAUGAUGCAUACACUUUCUAUUACUUAAUAACUAAUCACAGUUUUUUCUUUUUCUUUUUAACCUUGUCAGGCACAGAAUCUACUUGUUUCUACUAUUAUUUUGUCUUAUUCUAGAUAUAAGGAGCUACUGUAGCAAAUUCUGUCUUUACUACAUGCAAAGGAGGAAAAAAUAAAGGGGUACAAGAAGAGAAAAUUCUUUUGUUCUGAGUUUGAAGUGCCUAUUCAGAUAUUAAAGGGCAUUUGGCCCAAUUUGGGGGUUUGGAUCUAAUUUGCCUCCAGUGUGUCUUUUGGAAACAUUUAGGGAUGUUCUUCUUCCCCCAUCCCAUAAACUAUUUAGCACUUUUUAUUUCAUUUAUUUUCAAAUGAUCACACUAAAGCUCUUAAUACAAGCUCCAGUAUUCUAUAAUAGCCCAUCAGUGGUAGGGGAAUUAAAUAUUUUGGUUAAAUACAUAAUUAUUUAAAACUUAAGCCUGAAAAAUCAACCAAAUUGAAUUGAAGCUGUAUAAACACAGAAAGCUUUAUAUGAGUAAAUAAUUUAUUUUUAUUUGUAAAGUUCUCUAAAGACUGUAUUUUAUAGGGUUCUCUAAUAGUGGACUAUUUAUCUGCAGUGUGUUUUGCUUCUCAUGAAUUAUUUUUCUUACAAAUAAUUAAAUGGUUCACUAGAUGAGGCUAGGAGCUAAACACAUAUGCAUGGGCUCCCUUCCCAGGAUGAACGUUAUCAAGUGCACCAGUUGACCAGAGGCAAGGAAAACAUUUGUUUUCUGAAAGCUCUUUCAAGACAACAGUUAUUUUAUUGAUGCCAUUAAAAAGCAAGUUGCAAUUCUUUUGUCUACCCCAGAGUUUAUUGUGAUUAAAUAUCAAAUAAACAAGUAGAAGACCUGGUUUUCCGGCUGCUAGUGUGGGAGCAUGGCUGACAUAGAACUCAGUACUGACAUUCCACAAUUGCCAGGGUGUGUGUGGUGAGAUCUGAAGCCCCAAAUUCUCUUUCAAGCUGCGUGUUUUAUUGGAGAGGAAGAGUUGCAUAAGCAAGAGGUCAUUUUUGUAAGGACUGUAGGCAUAAUCAUAAAUCUUUGCUGUUGCAGCUGUACACCGAGAACCCCUUUUGUUCUGUAAUCAAUCUAGAAUAGGCCCUUCAUGCAGGGAACAUGAGGAAUUUCAUACAUGAAUAUUUAAAUCUUUUACUGUAACAAAACAGAAAAAUGUGUUUAGAACGUGAUAGGCAGCUAAAAUUAUCAUGCCCACCAAUUAGGAACAGAUUUUAGUUAAAAAAUAUUUUUCCACUUUUGAAACACUUUGUAAACACACAUAUCUAUUGAAAAGAUGCUUUGUCAGUAACUGUGCUUUUUUUCUGUGAAGACUGAAAUGUGCAUUCGUAUGUAUGUGUGAGUGUAUAUAUAUAUAUGGAUAUGGAUGUGUGUGUAUUUCAAAUGUCAGCAUAUAACUCAGUUGGAUUUAUGAUGGGCUUUGGAAAUGAUCCUGUCGUGUGGAUAAAAAAGCCAACUGAUGUGGAGAAAAAAUAAUGUUUUAUAUUGAUAAGUAUGCUUAUACAAAAUUUUUAGGUUUUAAACUAUUUUGAAAUAUACAAUUUUAUAUGUAUAAUAUUUUCUAUAGAUAGACUCUUUAAGAAAGAUAUAUUUAUAAUGUUUCUAAUAUAAAAUCAGUAGACUCUAGUACAUUAUAACAGGUGCUUUAUGAUCUGAAAUGGAAGCGGGGUGGGGGACAUUAGGGUAUUUCUGUUUACUCGUUUCUGUGGCACCUUUUCUGAAAUCUCUGUCUUGGUAUGUGUUUAUUAGGAAAUCCAGUACCACCAGCUCUCAUACUUCCUCCCCGUUCCUAGAUUUGAAUUCGUAAGGUUUUUGAACAAAAUGUUGUUUUUACUUUCCUGGGAUUACCAAAGAGUUUUGUAUAGAUUUGACUAGUAAUCAGUCACACGCCAAGUCCUCUCCAGAAAUUAAAAAAUACUUGUGCUCAUUCUCUUAAUUAUGAUUCAGUAAAAACAGUUUAAAUUACUUUUUUCUUUUUUACACUGGGAAAUAUGCUCUGUUAACAUUUUCAGUGAAAACUUAUUAUAAUAGCGCCUUUAUUUUAUGCUCUUAAAAAAGAGAGAAGAUACUUUAUGAAUGACCAUAUAAAGGCCACUCCUGCCCUACAAUUCACAAAGUAGCUAUGCAAAUUCAAGUUUAAAAACUAUUUAUGAGAAAACUUGUAUUAGAGCUUUUGAUAUGUACUGAAAUACAGAUUAUUGCUUAAUCACAUUUUCCACAGAGAUGAACAUCAAGAAAACUAAGACCGAAACGUCAUUUGGAGUACAUACAUUAAAGAAAAACUAAUGUUCAUAUGUAUUACUCUUACUAGCCAUAGUUGAUGGGAAGUAUCCAUUUGAGAAUUAUCUUCCUUUAAAAGACAAGAGCCUCUCUUCUUUUAAUUUUUCAGAAUAAAAGAUUUUUUUAACUUUUUUAUUUUAAAAAUGAGCCAGAAUAUUUUCUGAGUCCUGGGUAUUUGCAGAUAGUUAAACUAUUUUGAACUAGAAUCUGUGUUUGCCAAAUUAUCUUCUAAACUUACUUGAUUGCUUAGCAGAGAGAAUAAGGAAAAGUCAUCACCCUCCAAUACUGAUAAUGCUGAGGGAGCAGUCUUAUCUUCUUUCCUCUUAAAUCAGGGCAUAUUCUGAGAUUACAAACCACAUGAUAAAAUUGUGCCAAGAUUCCAGCUCUCUUUUCCCUCUGGCGUCGCUUAUGAUUUUCUCUGCCCGAUUUUCCUGACGUGCUUCAAGUGACUGUUGGUUGACACCAAAAAUACAAUUUGCACAGAAUUUUAAAGGAUUGUGUUUAGAGCAUCCAUCAUGGAGUAUUAAAACCCACAUUAUUAGUGUGAAUUUUUGCUGGGGGUGUUGAUGGUGGGGAGUGAGUUAUUCGUUUUGCUAGUGCCCAAAUAGUGCCUUCUCUGUAUAUUUUCCACUUACGUUCUCUAACAUGUCCUAAAAUACCAAGGGAAGAAAUACCAGAGUUCAUGUAGUAAAUGCCAGCACAGGUCAUUGUUUAGUCGUGUAGAUUUGAAAAUAAGGCUGCUUGACUUUGUUGUUUAGCCGAGAUUUUUUUUUCUCGUAUAAUUAUAUUUAAACAUUUUUAAAUGGCUUUCUGGUUUCUAGAUUUCGAGAAGCCUGUUAUUGUUGUGGUUGUUGGUUUGGUUUUUGUAACACUCAUUAUUGCUUAUUUGUACACAGUUUAGUCUUACUGAUUUCAAAUGCAUUUUGUUAUGGCUCGACCCAGUUGGCAACCCUGUUUGCUGGGAGCACUAUAUUUAGCUGUAUUCACCAUGGCUGAAGCCACUGCUACAAUCUUUGGCCUUAAAGAGGCUUCACUGACCACUGGGGCUCCUGGGGGCUCAUAACCAGGCCCCCAGGCUGGCGUCAGGGUGAGGCAGCCUGCAAGGUGUGAGCAUCUGUAGCUACCUCUGAUGGGUGGGGUUUCGGGAUGAUGGGAUAGGGUAUGAAGUGGAAGACUUCACAUGGAAGGAAGGUAGUUUGGGGUCCUUAAUUUCUGGUCUGAAUAUCUCAUUAGUACAUCAAGGUAAAUGAGAUGGACCAAGGAACCUCUAUGACUCAUGAAAAGGAUGGCUGCUUCCUGGAACUGGCACCACAAGGCAGGGUCUAGCCCACUGCAAUCCCUGGUGGACGCUGACAGCCCUGGGGCAGAAAGUACGGGGGCCAAGGCUCAGUUGGUAAAGAGUCUUGUUUUGCCAACAGGGCGGGUUUCUCAGUUGUCAUAAACCCACCCCUGAUUGACAGACUCUUCAUCUUUGUUGUCCACUAGGGGUGCCCAAUUGUUUUAUUGCUUUAUUUUGUUAUCAUUGUGCUUAAUAGAAAUUGUUGAUAGGGCCCCAAACCCUGCAGAGAUUCUUUGUCUGUAAAAAUCAAUAGAUACAUUGGACUUGUGCGAAUGUAAAGGUUUUUUGUUUAGUAGGUAAUUUUAAAUUUAAAUGUUUUCAAUGAUAAUCUGUGUUCCUUUUUACAUAUGAAGUUGGAUUAUUUUUUAGGAUUUGUAAUAAAUAAAAACUGUUGCUGCUUUACCACUGUAAAUAUGCUUUCUAAUGUGACCAUGUAUUUUUUAAAUAAAUUUUAAUAUGACUUAUA